UGUUUCAGAGAGAGAAUCAUCCUUGGAACAAAGAGGCCCAUGGAAAUGGCCAGUGUGCUUUGUAACAGAGCUAGACUGGUGACGUACCUGCCAGGAUUUUAUUCUUUGGUUAGAAGGGUUGUAACUCCCAAGGCUUUUUCCACAGCAGGAUCAUCUGGCUCGGAUGAGCCUUCUGUUGCUGCUGCACCUCCUGAUAUAUGUCCAAGAACUGUGUGGCCAGAUGAAGUAAUGGGGCCUUUUGGUCCUCAGGACCAGAGAUUCCAGCUACCGGGUAACAUAGGCUUUGACUGUCACCUAAAUGGUACAACAUCUCAAAAGACAACGCCAGUCCGCAAAAGAUUGCCUGACAUUCUAAUGGAGCCUUUGGCGAGUGAAAGGCAUGAGUUUGUGAUGGCUCAGUACAUCAAUGAGUUUCAGAGUACUGAUGCUCCUCAUAAACAACAAGUUAAUAAUGAGAAAGUAUACUUUGAAGCUGCCAAGGUAGAAUGUGCAAUACAAACAUGCCCAGAACUGUUGCGCAAAGAUUUUGAGUCAAUGUUUCCAGAAGUUACUUCCAAUAAUCUAACCAUACUAACAGUAACUCAGAAAACUGCAAAUGAUAUGACUGCCUGGAGUGAAGAAGUUGAAAGUGAGCGAGAGACUCUCGUAGAAAAUUUUAUCAAUGGUGCUAAGGAAAUUUGCUACGCUUUGUUUUCUGAAGGCUAUUGGGCAGAUUUCAUUGAUCCAACUUCAGGAUUGGCAUUUUUUGGCCCUUACACAAACAACACCCUUUUUGAAACAGAUGAACGUUACCGCUGUUUAGGAUUUUCCAUUGAGGACCUUGGCUGCUGCAAAGUUAUUCGGCAUAAUCUCUGGGGAACACAUGUGGUGGUAGGAAGCAUUUUUACCAACGCUGCACCUGACAGCCCUCUUAUGAAGAAACUCAGCGGAAAUUAAUUGCAUGGCACCGUGCAGUUAUCUUACUCAAGCAUUGGUCAAUAAACACUGUUGGAAAAAAUCAAGUGUUAAAUGACACUGAUUGGAAGAUUUUUAAAAAUCUAUUUAUUUU